AAACGUCUCAUGGACCUGCCCUCUACUCCUCCCCAACAUCCUCUCCACGCUUCCCGUACGCUCUCCCAGAAUGGUGUUGCCGUACCUUACAUUCGGCCACUACCGACGGAAGAUACAAACUGGAAAGUUGCGUUCGAACCUCCGUCAGAGAUUGUUCUUGCCGGAAGCUGGGCAACCAAAACUGCUGUCAAGGGCAAAGAUACCUCCAAGUACGAGGUUGACGUCGCUGUGGCUAUACCAUCGAGCCUAGUCCAGGAGAAGGACUACCUCAACGGGCGCGUGUUUCAGAAGCGUGCAUACUACUUGUCUGCCAUUGCCUCUGCUCUUGUCAACAAAAAUUCUCCAUUGCCGUGUGACCUCUUCUUUCAGUCGACUUCAGGAGAUCCGAGGUACACGACGUUGGUGUUGCGACCACACGAAUCCGUUGAGGGAUUCCGCAAGCUCAAUGUUCAAGUCCGCAUCAUUCCGUUCCUGCCGCAUUCGCCCAUUCCACUCCAACGCCUGUCCCCUUCGCGUUCCAAUGUUCGCACGUCAGGACAAGACCAUGACUCGAAAGAGGAGCCGACGCCACUUUACAACACCGCGUUGAUGCAUAUGAUCACCCCAAAAGCACAUCUGUUGGCUAUCCAUGCUCUGAAACAAGACGUGCCUGCCUUCUCUGACGCCCUUACGUUGCUUCGCGUUUGGGCAAAUCAACGAGGAUACGGUAUGGGUAGUAGGCUAUGCGUUCGAGGCUUCGAAGGGAAGGGUAUGUGGUGGGCAUCUGUACUCGACAUGCUCAUUCACGGCGAGGAACCUCAGCCUGUGGCUGUGAAAAAGACGGGUACGAAGCGAAAACCUCUAGGCAAGGGAUUAAGCUCUUAUCAGCUGUUCAAGGCUGCACUUGACUUCUUUGCGCGGCACGAUUUCGCUGAGCAACCCGUCUACGUCAAGUCAAAGGACGGACAUAGGUUUCCUCCGAUGAGCUACGCUAGCCAUGAAGCGGUUUUCGUCGACUCUACAUCGUCUGUCAACCUCUUGGCCGGUGUACCAUUGUCGUCGCUAGAUCUGUUGAGAUACGAUGCGCAAGCUACGCUAGAAACAUUGGAUCGCUCGGGAAUUUCGGAAGAUCCGUUCCAUACCGUGUUCUUGCAAGAUCACCGAGAUAUGUUCAGCCGCUUUGACAUUGUUCUUCGUGUCGACGUCUCGUCGGCAGUGAUGCGUAAUCCCUCCGCACAUCUGGUUGCCGACCAUGGGUCGGUCUACAACGCACUCAUCGCGACGCUCACUUCGACGCUCCGCCGAGGUCUGGGGAAUCGCGCCAAGGCCAUCGCAGUGCUUCAUCCGUCCUCUGAUGUCAGGCCCCUCUCCCAGGCUCUGCCUGCUAACCCCUCUGCCAUACACAUAGGCAUCGUCUUGGAUAACGAGCACGCAUUCCGGCUUGUGGACCACGGUCCUCCUGCUGAGGAUCAGGAGAGCGAACAGGCGAAACGUUUCCGUGACUUCUGGGGCGAGAAGGCCGAGCUGCGUCGUUUCAAGGAUGGCUCGAUCACCGAGAGCGUCGUUUGGGAUGUGAAGAGUGUCGACGAGCGAACGCACAUCCCUUCCUUGGUUGUCAAGCACCUCCUACGCAGACAUCUAGGGAUCGGGGCGGAGGACGUCAAAACCUGGCAAACCCAGUUCGACGCUCUACUGAAGGCGCCGGAGUCCAUCCGAUCACUGUAUGAGGCACGAGGGGCAGUUGCUGGUUUCAAGGCGGCGCUCACCGCUUUCGAUGCCCUUGUCAAGCAGAUUAAAUCCCUCGACGACCAGUUCCCACUCGCGAUCCUGAACGUGAGCCCCGUCUCUGCUUCGCUCAGACACACGGAAGUCUUCGUGCCGAUCGCGGUGACGCCGUCAUCGCGGGUUGGGAUUCCCACGACUGCCUCGUAUCUGCCCGCCAUGGAGGUCAUUGUGGAGUUCGAGAAGUCUGGCAGAUGGCCUGACGACCUACGCGCCAUCCAGAAGAUCAAACUUGCUUUCUUCGAGCGAAUGGCGACUGCACUCAUGGCGGCCGCGAAGGGGUUGCAGGCGAGCGUCGUCCUCGGCGAACAUACCGCGCGGACGGAGAUCCAGGACGAGGCCGCUCUCGAUAUCGUCACACCGGACGGUUGGGCAUUUCGCGUACGUAUAUGGCAUGAUCGCGAGGCAACGCUUUUAGAUCGUGUCAUCAACGAGCAGUCCCGCGUCCCGAAAGCUCUGAGGCGUAAUAUUACGGGAGAAGAAGCCCGCGAACGACAGGCUGCGCUCAAGGCGCGCGACGUCUACCUCCGGAGGUUCAUCCAUGCCCCACGACAUCAUCGCGUCAUUGCUGCGCUUUCUCACAAGUUCGCGGCAUUUGCGGGAACUGUUCGGUUGACGAAGCGGUGGUUCGCGUCACAUUGGUUGCUCUGCAGUCACGUCUCCGAAGAGGCCGUAGAGUUGCUCUGUGCUCACAUUUUCCUGCGGACGGGUGCCAGUGUCACGGCGGAGACGAUGAUGCUUCCCGCAGGGGUGCCUGGGACCAAGGAGCGAGGUUUCGCCCAAGUCUUGAAGUUCCUCGAGGAUUGGGACUGGACCAAGGGUCUAGUUGUGCCGUUGGACUUCAGUGAUCAGGACGUAGCGACUGCGGACGCCUCGCCGUCCGCUUCUGGCACUGCACCGUGGUCUCUAGUCACCCAGUUUGAUGCGUCGGGCCACGUGUGGACAUCAUCUGGUCCCAACGCCGUCGUUGCACGGCGCAUAACCACUCUUGCGAAGGCCACGUGGGCGAGCCUAGCUCAGUGGGACUCUCAAGACUUAGAAGUAACGCGACUGUUCCAGCAUCCCACGGAAGACUACGACUUCGUUGCUGAGCUCAACCCCGCCGUUUUGCCUCGCUAUUAUCAAAGUGUGGAGGCGGAUCCUUCCAUUUGGGCUGCGAAAGCCCAGUAUGCUAACGCCGGCCUCGCGAACUCCACGUCGUCAGUCUUGCCUGGUUUUGACCCCGCUGCAGCAUUAUUCAGAGACCUGACACGCGUCUACGAGGAUACUGCACUCCUAUUCUAUGACGUUAUGGGGGGAGCCCAAGUCGGAGGUGUAUGGCAACCCUCCUUGAAGAAUGCACGACCGUUCAGGGUUCUCGGAGGGUAUUCGAGUCUUCCCGUAAGCAAGGAUGGCAGCAGAAACAAAGAGAAGGAGCAGGGGUUAGUUGUCUUGAAUCAUCUGGCACCCUCUAUAGAGAUGAAGAGGAUAGGUUCUGGCCUGAUAACAGGCAUAGUUUCUAAAAAUGAUUGAGCUCUUGGACAUGAGCUAGCAUUGUCCUUCCAAUCUCCACCCAGUUUUUGAACUUGUGAUGCUCUAUGCCCAAG